CUCUGUGUAUUUCGCCAACUAUUAAUUCAUUUUCGUUAUUCAAGAUUUGUAAAAAUCAUUCGCACUGGGAUAAAGAAAUUCUCAAAUAGAAGCCGUAACAGAUGUUUCCAAAAAUUUAAAUUCACAUAAGAAAAUUAUGCUAGCAAGCAAUAAGCUUUCGAGUCACCUUUGACUCAUAGCUUAACAUUCGUUGCAUGUAAUUUAUAGUUUUCUUCUUCUUUGAUGUAACUGAUAAUUAGAUCAUAAAUCAAGGUAUAAUCUCGAAUGCAGAUUUUAAAAAAGAGAUAUUCAAUUACAAAAUGGCAAAAUAAGAUUUCUUCGGACAAUGUUAACGAUGUUGAUACGCUUUAUUUUCAAUUGAAUAUUUCGUUACUGAGACUUUUCACUAUCUGUACUCACAAUCAGUGUACCCAAUCUAUAGUUAUUACCUUACUUCUAAUAUGAAAAUAAUUAUCAUCGACGAUGAGAAGAUUAGACAAGGAAUAUUGGAAUGACGGUGAAAGCUUACACUAAUCCUAAAAUGCCCAAAUUUGAGAAUGUCCCGUUAUUAGGAUUAUAUUGCCCGAGGGUCUAACGUAUAUAAGGGCUGACGUCGGUUCCAACGUUCAUAAGGGCUGACAUCGGUUCCAACGUUCAUAAGGGCUAACAUCGGUUCUAGACGUCUCUAAAGUUCGACUCUGUGCACAUCAUGCGAUUAUUAAGCGUCGCCGUUCUCUUCAUUUUCCUGGCAGUGGUGUCUUCGCGAUCCAACUUCACCACCACAGAGGAAGUCGCCAGUGACGUAGUCCAGGACCAGAAAGAAUCCAAAAUAAUCGAAGAGAAUGCUGUGGUGGAUUACGUGAAAACAAAACGCCAUAUAAAUAAGGAUCUGAGGAUGAUUAACGAUAAGAUUAUAAGUAACGCGAUAACCAUGGGAAUGGCCACAUUCGAAGCCAUCAAAGCCAUCAAACUUGCCAUUUUGAAUCUAUUGUCUACUAAAAUCGAAGUUUUGAUGAACCAAAUUGAAAAUUUGGAUGUUCUUGAUUUACUCGACUCGCCUACCGUCCAAUUCGUCAUGUCGACACUGGGAAAAUUAAGUAGCGAUGAUUUUCUACUUCCUGAAUCACGACAAGGUAACAAUUUUGAUUCGUUUAAAAAUGUGGAAACUGGCAAAAAUUCAACAUCAACAAAGCUGUAAGAACCUUUGUCAAUAUACAUCGAAAAAUCGUCCAUUUAGAAGAAAUUUUGAACCUAUUAUUAAA